CCCAACGCCGUCUACAACCACGCCCAAUGCAUAUAUCCGCGACACUUAACCUCCCCGAGACGCGCAUAUGUUGAUAUUCACCGCAUUUCCACCGCCGCGUCGCGAUACCAGACGCGUACCUUUACUUGCUCGGCCGCCGGAUCGGUGCUGAGGGACGGAAACGGAGCUGGUCACGCGCUCGAUAAGAGUUCACCUCCAGGAAUUCAUCCCACGGCCUUUCAAUUCAACCCAACAACCUCGUGAAGCGUUCUAUCGCCACUCAGAGCCGCGUGUCCAGCGACUUGUUCGCGUGGUGGCGAGCAUCAUAACCUCUUGGCAUAGGCAUUCAAAUGCGCAACACCCAGCAUCGAAUCGAAGAAUCGGAAAAAGAGCUGGGGGUUUCACUCAUCUCUCUCACCUCAAGCGUCGCGCCGUCUCUCACCUUGUUUACGCCUGUACGCUAUGAAUCCUGCGCUGUUACUUGACCCCAAAGGGGCGCGUAAGAGAGGUGACGCGGCAUCGCAGCAGAAGAAUGGAGUACCCACGUCAUCGUUUCAGCAGUAUAACCCACAAGCGCUACUUAAUCCAAAGUUGAGCAGCUCUUCAAGACGGCCUUCGCCUGCAGCAUCUGUACCAGGACCCACGCAAUACGACCCACGAGCGCUGCUUAACCCCACGCCAAGCAAGCGACCUGCAGAAGAAGCUGACCGCGGGCGCGCCGACGCCUCUAUCGGUCAGGUCUCCCUUGUCGAGCGCCUCCAUAACGUUCAUGAGCGCACUGCAUCACCAGCCAAGCGCAUCAAGACCGAUGGCCAGCGCAAGACUACCGCCGGCGGCGCCAACUUCAACGGCGGCAGCACUCUUGACUUGAAAUCGAGCAACGAUGAUCAGCCACCUGUUCCUCAAGCGCCACAAGUCCAAGGGUCCGCAAUCGACCUGACCAUGAGCGACGACGAUGAUAUGCAGAUUGUUGACGACAACAGCAACCAGGUUAUAUGCAUUGGCAAAGUCAAACAGACAUACAUUCAAGCGCAUACAGUUCCGUUCCCCGACCCGAAGAAGUACGUUGGCAACCACGGAGCUCAGAGCCGGAUAAAGGUGUCUUUUCGGAGAUCUGGCGGGCAAAAGAACAACUUGACCAUCAUGGUUGCCGACCCCACAGGCAAAGAGUUCGGGAAAGUCGAUAUGAAGACCGCACAGGGGCUUGCAGCUCUUAUGGAUUCUGCGAAGACUAAUGGGAUGCUGUGGAUGACAUGGACCGAUCCGCGACGGAAGGCGCAGAAUGAAGGCCCGUCGGGCUCGCCCUUCUCAGGUCUUCUUGCAAUGACAACACAGUUGUACUGUCCUCGGAAGAACGCCCACGGUAUUGGCAAAUACCUCAAGGCGAAAGGCCUUGAUCUCAUCGAUCCUUGUUUCGAGCUGAGCAAGUUCGAUUACUACAACCCGCAGGUUCCUGAGCGAUCGUUCAACAAAGAGCAGGCUCCCACAUUCCAGGCAGCCGUUUCCAACCAGAACGGCACCGGAUCGAGCAGCUACGUGCUAAGGAGCGUUGAUGAGAUUCGCGAGGAUGUACAGAAUGUGUUUGACACGGUAGUUAGCACCUCCGAGAUUGUCCCAACACGGGAACCGUCAACACACAUCAAGACCGAGCUCUAUCCUCACCAGAAGCAAGCUUUGUACUUCAUGUGGGACAAGGAACAAGAUCACACAGGUGCGGAAGAUGACAACCGCAAGGAUACGCUCUGGAAGCCUCACUUCCGCGACAACGGUCGGAAGUCUUACAUCCAUAUCAUCACCGGCGAGGAGGUGACACAGAAGCCAAAGCCUUGUCGCGGUGGCAUCCUGGCCGAUGAGAUGGGUCUGGGCAAGACACUCAGUGUCCUAUCUCUGGUUGCGGACACAUCAUCGAUAUCUGAUGCGAGGGCAUUUGCUGCCAAGCUGCCACCUCGAUUACCCCAAGGCUCCCAACUCAUCCAACCUCUCAUCAACAGCAGAGCUACCCUACUUGUCUGUCCUCUUAGUACCAUGACCAACUGGAAGGAUCAGAUCAAAGACCAUUUCCCGGCGGGCAAGAGUACGUUGAAGUGGACACGCUAUCACGGCACUGAGCGCUUCAACGUGCAGUUCAAAGAGCUCGCGGAACACGAUAUCGUAGUGACUACAUACCACAUCAUCGCGAAGGAUUUGUUGGACAGGAAGCGUCCUCUCCCUUAUAUUAACUGGUUCCGCAUCGUGCUGGAUGAAGCGCACAUGAUUCGCAAUCCUACAGGCCAGUCGAGAGCAGCAUGCUCGCUUCCUGGGCAGCGGCGAUGGGCCGUUACAGGUACGCCUGUGCAGAAUCGUCUUGAGGACCUUGGCGCAUUGUUCAACUUCAUCCAAUUGAGUCCUUUCGAAACGUCGCAUGGCUUCAACCACUACAUCCUCGCUCCGUUCAAGGCUGCCGAUCCUGAAGUAGUGCCCAAGUUACAGCUCCUAGUCAGCACCGUAACCAUCCGUCGAACGAAGGAGAUCAUCAAGGACGAAGUACCCGCGCGCAAUGACUACAUUGUUCGGCUGAAAUUCUCAAAGGAGGAACAGCAGCUGCACGAUUGGUUCGAGCGAGACACCCAACGCAAAGUCAAUGCAGUGACCCAGGGAGACAAGAUGGGCGGGAACUCGUACGCUAGGAUCCUGACUGCCAUUCUCAAUCUCCGGCUUAUCUGCGCCCACGGGCGAGACCUGCUCAGCGACGAGGCGUUGAAGACCACCGACGGCAUGACAUACGACCAGCCUAUGGAGAUUGGAGACGAGGAAGAGGAAACUCCCGCCCUGAAUCGCCAGCAAGCGUACGAAAUGCUCGAACUUCUCGACCAGACGGAUUCCGAUCACUGCGCAUACUGCCGCAAAUCCCUACUAGCAGUCGAAUCUGACGACGAAGACGAAGAGGGCAGCCAGUCCGACACAAUCGGCUUCAUGACCCCAUGUUAUCAUCUCGUCUGUCCAACGCACUUCAAGAAGCUGAAAGCUAGCUGGCGAGACGCUCCUCUCCCAGACGGAUUCGUCUCAUGCCAUUUCUGCGAGGACAGAGUGCGACCAGUAGCUUUCGAGCUGAAGCUCAACGACUACCACACAUUCCAAGAAGAGCGCGAGCGGAUCCGCAACGACCCCAAGCUGGCGAAGAAAGUCGGGAGUUACACCGGCCCGCACACAAAGACCCAAGCGCUCCUAAACGACCUAAUGGAGCACAAAGAGUGGAGCGACGCGCACCCAGAAGAGCGACCCAUAAAGAGCAUCGUCUUCUCCUCCUGGACAACACACCUCGACCUCAUCGAGAUCGCGUUGAAAAACCACGGCCAUCCCUACGUCCGCCUCGACGGGCGCAUGACGCGCGACGCACGCGACAAAUCCAUGCAGCGCCUACGCACAGACGCCUCCAUCCGCGUGAUGCUCGUAUCCAUCGGGGCCGGCGGCCUAGGACUCAACCUCACGACCGCGAACAAGGUCUUCAUGAUGGAGCCGCAGUUCAACCCCGCCGCUGAGGCGCAGGCCGUCGACCGCGUGCACCGCUUGGGCCAGGACCGCGAGGUGACGAUCAAGCGGUUUAUUAUGGAUGGCAGUUUUGAGGAGAAGAUGCUCGCGCUGCAGGGGAAGAAGAAGGCGCUUGCUGAUUUGACGAUGGCGAGGGAGAGGAAGACGAAGGAACAGGCUACUAAGCAGCGGUUGGAGGAGCUGAGGAGCUUGUUCAGGUAGGAGGUAUAUGGCGUGGGAGGGGAUGGGGGUGGCUUUUUGGUGCGAGGAAGCAUGCAUCGUGUGGCUUUGGCGUUUUUCGGGUCCCAUCUUUUUCAUUUUAUUCAUUGUGGGCGUUGGCUGGGGGGUUGGUGACUGCAUGCAUGCAUAUAUACACGGAUGGGGAGAUGAAGCAUGAACCUUUCUUCCCGUGGAAUAAGAAUUCGAGUACAACAACUUCGCUUCAAUUCCCCUCAAAUACCUGCGUUGACCAUAGGUCCACCCCAACACAACAGGCUUAUGCUUCUUAACCCAGAUGUCCCCGCCAUUUUGACUCAAAUCAAUC